AUGACACCAAAAAUUUCAGAUUUUGGUCUUGCUAGAAUGUUUGGGGAUGACCAAAUUGAAGCAAAUACAAAUAGACCUGUUGGCACAUAUGGAUACAUGUCACCAGAGUAUGCAAUGGAAGGAUUAUAUUCUACAAAAUCAGAUGUCUUCAGCUACGGUGUCUUGGCACUAGAGAUAAUCAGUGGCAAGAGAAAUAACCAUUUUUAUGUUGGAAGCCCUUGCCUAAACUUGAUUGGACAUGCAUGGGACCUAUGGAAAGAAGGUAAAGCCCUGGAUAUAGUCGAUUCUUCAUUGGGUGAUGAGGCAUCAUAUCCUGCUUUUGAAGUUUUGAGAUGCAUUCAAAUUGGGCUUUUAUGCGUGCAAGAACAAGCUGCGGAUCGGCCAACCAUGCUAGAAGUUGUGUUCAUGCUGGGAAAUGAAGUAAAUGUUCCUUCUCCCAACAAGCCUGCAUUUAUCAAUAGAAGAAUUAUAGAUUCUGGUCAGGAUCCCUCAAGUUCUGCUGGAGCACCUGCUUCUCAAAACGACAUUACCAUUUCCGAGCUUGAAGCUCGAUGA